CGCCAGGCCUUCACCGCGAUACACCAAGCCAAGAAGCCCUAGCCAUGACUUCGUCCACCCCAGCGUCCUUCUCUAUGGGCACAGCCGACGGGUUGCCUGAGGCUGAGAAGAACGCAGCGGAGUCCGAGAAUACCUAUAUUCUGCGGCCCAUUUUCCAGCAAAGGUUCAGACCCUCUGUGGUUAAAGAAUGUAUCCAUGCUGUGCUGAAGGAGGAACUGGCAAAUGCUGAAUACUCUCCAGAAGAAAUGCCUCAGCUCACAAAACGUUUAUCAGAAACCAUUAAAGACAAAUUGAAAGAAAUGGGAUUUGACCGAUACAAAAUGGUGGUACAAGUAGUGAUUGGAGAACAAAGAGGUGAAGGAGUAUUCAUGGCUGCUCGCUGUUUCUGGGAUGCUGACACUGACAACUACACUCACGACGUUUUCAUGAAUGACAGUUUAUUCUGUGUUGUAGCGGCAUUCGGCUGUUUCUACUAUUGAAUCUUUGAAAAGUUGGGUAAAAAUAUGACCAUGAAGAAAUAUACUUUUUUUUAUAUUGUUAAAUAUCUCAACAAAAUAAAGAUAAUUUGGCAUUUUGGCAGCUGAGUCUAUUCAGUUUUAGGCCUUAUAUUUUAGUGUUUUGAUUUUGUUGUAACAUGUUCUUAUUGUAUUUGGAAAGUGGGGAAAAUUCGUAUUUCGAUUGUUCAAGCUAACCAAUUGUAAAUAUUUGGGUAUAUUUUCUACCAGUGCUUAUUUUCAGGGUUUUAAAAAAAUCAUUAUACACAAUUUUGUACCCUGAUUUUUCACUUCUCAUAGUGUCAUGUGCAGUGUUUGUCAUUUUAUUUCCAUUAUGAUUUUCAUAAGCAUAAUUUAAUAGCUGCACUUACUCCACUAGGUAAUACCAUUGGUUAUCGUUGCCAUUUCCUUAUUAAGGGAUUAUUAUUUUUUCACUAUUAUAAAUAACACUGAGAUGAAUUUAUUUG